CACUAAUUUACUGCGACAACUUGGCGACAACUUUCAAUUUGCUUGCAACGAUGGCAGCUACUUCAGGCGAGCAACCGGUCAUCAACAAAAACAAAAAGCAUCGCAAAGAGAAACCAUGGGACACCGAUGACAUCGACCAGGAGAACUACCUGAGGGAGGUUUGGAGCGCUGUGACUAAGGUUCUGGACCCAUAUGGCAUCGCGUGCACAUUGGACUUGGUUCAUGGGUCCAUGUCCGUCCGAACGACACGCAAAACAUUCGAUCCAUACAUCAUUCUGAAAGCGAGAGACAUCAUCAAGCUGCUUGCAAGAGGGGUCGCAAUCACUCAGGCUCAGAAGGUAUUGCAGGACGACAUGGCAUGCGACAUCAUCAAAAUUGGCAAUCUGGUUCGUAAUAAGGACCGGUUUGUGAAGCGGAGACAACGACUUAUUGGACCAGAUGGGAGUACGCUGAAGGCCAUCGAGCUUUUAACUCAGUGUUACGUUCUCGUACAAGGAAAUACAGUCAGCGUCAUGGGUCCGUACAAGUCACUCAAGGAAGUUCGACGAAUAGUCCUCGAUUGCAUGAAAAACAUUCAUCCUAUCUACCGCAUCAAGGAGCUCAUGAUAAGAAGAGAACUUGCAAAGGAUCCCAAGUUGGCAACAGAGUCCUGGGACCGGUUCCUGCCCAAGUUCAGGAAACGACAUCUAAAAACCUCUGAAAAGACGAGCAAGAAGAAUGAGAAACUCGCAGCUGAUGACGGAACACGCACCAAAAAGGAGAAACCAGCAAAGAAAGUGUACACACCCUUCCCCCCGCCACAGCAACCACGGAAGGUUGACCUUCAGCUUGAGUCGGGAGAGUAUUUCCUCAAGGUCCAUGAGCGAGAAGCCCGGGAAGUUCAACAAAGAAAACAAAAACAAGCUGAAGCAACGCUUAAACGACGAGCGGAACGGGCAGAGGUAUAUGUCGCUCCCAAAGAAGAAGCAGCCCCUACAGUUGAAGAGAAGCGGAAGCGACGGCAUACAGAAGUGGAUUCCGACGAUCGGGCGGGGAGGACGAAGAAAAAGAAAAAGGACGUUGCUACAGAGGCUUGAUGAAGACCCUAUUAUAUAGUCAAGUCACGGUAACGCUACGCUCUGGCUAACUGUUCGUUCAUCGGUAGUAGAACUAAUAGCACGGUGAGCAAGGACUAGAAGCGCGCGCGUCUCAGCGCGACAAGGGAUGGAGGUAUAGGUUGAGGGUAUGAUAGAAACAAGUACCUCGACAUCGUUGAGCGCAUUUUCACGAACGAUCACGAAGAAAGCCAGGAUUCCAAGUCAACAUGCGGACAAACAGCAGCAGACCGACGACGCUGUUUCCGACGCUCUCGAAACCACUUUUCAUGCUCAUUCUUGAAAGAAGGCUUUGCAGAUAGAAUGUCGAGUCGUUACUUCGAGCACUCAUGAAUGUACCUCUUGGUCCUUAUAUUGUUUGUCGCUCGAUACCAACAAAUUGCGGGGGAUUAAUAGGAAUAGGAUCACAGAGACUGGACCUGUGAUCCUAUUCUGCUCGUAUGUGGUAUAUACUAUUUAUAAAGGUUUCUGUGG